AUGGAGGCGAGCGAGCGGCGGCGGCUGCAGCGGGAGGCGGCUGAGUAUUACCAUGGGCUCCGGGUGCCGGAGCGGAUGGAGGACGCGCUAAACGCCCUGUUCCCGCUGCCCCCCCAGGAUCUCUACGGGGAGCUGGCUAACUACUUUUCUAAAUUUUCAAAAGCUCCAGUAAUAUGCAAAUUAGUUGGAAGAAAAGUUAUUGAUGGAGUUGGUGAGCCAACAUUAGAAGUGGAAAUAUAUUGUACAGUUAAAAACUAUGAGAAGAGGAUUUGUUCCAGUGUGAUGGCUACUCAUUCUCAAAUACCUGAAAAUUCUUUACCUGAAACAAUUGAAGCUGAUGAGAGAGAAAGAAAUGACUCUGUUUAUACUGCUGUGGAAUGGGUCAGUGACUCACUGAACACAAUGUUAAGGGACUUGGAUCCUACUGACCAGUGUCAGGCUGAUAAGAUCCUUGGUGAAUACUUUGCAAACAAGGUAGAAGAAAAAAAGGAAAUUGAAAGGCAAGAAAAAGAAAUAAGAGAGGAAGAAGAAUCAGCAAAAGUCACUACUUCCCCUGCUUCAUGCCGUUCAGCCGCGACACCUAAGCAAAAAAAGGGACGAAAACCAGGAAAGAAGGUGUCAGAAGGUACUCCCAUCUCACCUGCAGAGCCUGCUGAGCCAGUGCUGUGUGGCAGCUUGGCCAUUGGGGGAACAUCACUUGCCAUAGCAAAGGCUGGGGCCACCAUCAGCCGUGUCCCAUUGUACUUACAUACUGCACUGCUGAAACACAAGGAGACACCUAAAGAAAUUACUCUACCACUCCCAAUGGUUACUGUGUUGUACUGUGAAAAAAAUUCACCUACAAAACUGAAAUUAGUCAAAGAAGUUAUGCUUAUACCACCAGUUGAGUUAUCACUCCAGCAGGGCAUAGAAAUAGUUCAGGAAAUUCAGAAAGAAAUGACAAGAAAGAUGGAGUCUCCAGGCAAAACGCCUGCUUCACGAGCAGACAGUAGGAAAGGAAAAGGGCAAAAACCUCAGCCAUCAUCCUUAAAAAGAAUAUCACACUUAGGCUGCCUGAUAACAGGAUAUGAUAGUCUAGAACAAGUGCUACUCCAACUGCAAGCAGCUUGCAACAGUUUAGGUCUGGAGCUGGGAACAGACCUGUACUUAGCAAUAAAUUGUGCUGCUCAUGAAUUAAUGGAUUAUGAUAAAGGAAAAUACGAAAUACUCACUGGAACAUUCAAAAGUCCUGAUGAAAUGGUUGCCAUGUAUGUGGAAAUGAUUAAGAAUUUUCCUUUUAUUAUUGCAUUAAUAGAUCCCUUAAGAAAAGAGGACAGAGAACAGUGGAGUAGCAUCUGUCGUGCCCUUGGUUCCAAAUGCUUCCUGAUUGCUGAAGAUGCUGCCACACAAAUUUCCAAACUCAAAACUGACCAAAACAUAAACAUAGCAAUGUGCAGUGGUGUUGUCCUGAAAUACAUUAACCAGACCACGGUGUCAGACCUCAUAGAACUGACUGGGAUUCUGGAUGGUCAAAGACAUAUUUCCAUAUUAGGAAGUCCAGAUAGAGAAUCUUCAGAUGAGAGCCUCGUGGAUCUGGCUGUGGGCCUGGGUGCCAGGUUCCUCAAGUUGGGAGGUCUCUCCCGCGGAGAAAGGGUGGCCAAAUACAACCGGCUGCUGGCUAUAGAGGAGGAACUGGCCGCGAAUGGAGCGCUGCGUAAAGCAAAACUCGAAUUUGUUGAUUUUGCUGAAGAAUCACAGCCAGCACAACUUCCUGAUGUGCUUCCUGCCCCAGAGCAGAAUUAG